AUGUCAGCGGACGAUCAGAAUCAUGCGAUCCUCAACCUCACCGACCAGGAAAAGCGUGCUUUCUCCUUCCUCUUCGCACAAGCCGACAGCGAUUCGCUAGGGGUGGUCACGGGAGAGCGCGCAGUGGCAUUCUUCGAACGUACCAAAGUCAGUCCGGAUGUGCUCGGAGCGAUAUGGCAGAUCGCGGACACGGAGAACCGUGGCUUGCUCACCAAGCCUGGCUUUUGCAUGGUGCUGAGGUUGAUCGGACAUUACCAGGCAGGAAAGGAGCCGAGUACAGAAAUGGCAUUUAAGUCAGGCCCGAUACCGAAGUUCGAAGGGUUACAAAUACCAGGCGUCGGCCCUGCUGCAGGACCGGCUAGUCCAACAUCUGGCGGGUUUCCUGCCAAUGCUCUGCAACCGCAGCUGUCCGGCCAAGGACCAACCAGAGUGCCAUUGCUCGAUGCCCAGAAGGUGCAGCAAUACUCCAGCUUAUUCGAUCGCGCAGGAGCACAAAACGGAGUGCUUGAUGGCGGUGCGGCAAAGACGAUCUUCGAGCGAGCUGGCUUGCCAAACGAGGCUCUUGGCAAGAUCUGGAAUCUAUCAGAUCGGCAGCAGAGAGGUGCUCUGGACCAGACGGAGUUCAUCGUCGCGAUGCAUUUGCUUACGAGCAUGAAGACUAGGGCUAUGACGGCUCUGCCAAACACGCUUCCGGCUGGCCUCUACGAUGCGGCAGCGAGACGAGGCCCUGCACCACCAGCCAACCGUGGUAGCUUUGCGUCUGGAGGAGUGCCUAGACAGUUCACGGGUGGUCCUGCUGGUGUGCCCCCGAGGACCCAAAGUCCGCUCGCUCGAUCUCCUGUAGCUUUUAGCACUCCGCCAACAGUAUCCGCGCAAGCUACUGGCGCCCCAUGGCUCGUCGCGGGACAAGAAAAGGCCAAGUACGAUCAAUUCUUCAAUAAUAUAGACAAAGCUGGACGCGGCAUACUCACUGGCGAGCAAGCUGUUUCAUUCUUCUCCGACAGUCGACUACCUGAAGAUACGCUCGCUACAAUAUGGGAUCUUGCCGACAUCAACAGCGAAGGGCAGCUGAACAAGGAUGAGUUCGCGGUAGCGAUGUACUUGAUCAAGCAGCAGCGUGCGCCCAACCCGCCUCCUUUGCCAGCAUUUCUACCUCCGGCACUGGUGCCGCCGAGCAUGAGGCAACAAACACAACAAGCGCAAUCUACCGCACCAGCCUUUGACAAUGCGAACAAUACUACCAUGCCGAAGUCUGCUGCAGACGAUCUGUUCGGCCUUGACGAGCCAUCACCUCCUCAGCAGACGCAGCCACUGCAGGCUGCAGCAUUUCAAGCUCAACCAGCAUUACAGUCACAAGGUACUGGAGCCUCAACUUCACGCGAUCCUUUCGGAGGAAGUGUGCCAAGCAGUCCAAGCAGUCCGCAGCAACACUUCCAGCCUCAACCUCCACAAGCCAACUCUAUGUUCAAGCCUUUCACACCAACUUCUGCAUUUGGCGCAAGCCUGACGCAGCAGCAUACGGGAGGCUCUGUCUCAUCUAGCCAGCGAGGUUUUCAACCACAGCAGCCCGCGCAACCAUCCCAGCUCCACACUACGACCGCUGCAGAGGACGAUCUACUGGGUGACAAUGAUACUCAUGCUGAGGAGUCCAGCAAGAUCAGCAACGACACGACAGAGCUGGCGAACAUGAGCAGUCAGAUCGGCAACCUAAGAUCGCAGAUGGAGACUACACAGACCAAGAAGACAACUACCCAAGCCGACCUGACUGCGACACAAAACCAAAAACGGGAUCUCGAGCUUCGGCUGCAGCAGUUCCGAGCUCAAUACGAGACUGAAGUCCGCACUGUAAAGGAGCUUGAGACUCAGCUUAUGGCUAGCCGAGAUAGCACGAAGAAGCUCGGACAAGAGAUCGCCAUGCUGGAAGGUACGUACCAGGACCUGCAGACACAACAUAACACGGUGUCGCAACAGCUCCAGGCCGAUCAGAGCGAAAAUGCGAGUCUGAAGCAGCGCAUCGGUGAGCUCAACGCCGAGGUGGCACGGCUGAAGCCGGAAAUCGAGAAGAUGAAGCUGGACGCGAGGCAGCAGAAGGGAUUGGUGAGCAUUAACAAGAAGCAAAUGACCACCAAUGAAGGUGAGCGCGAUCGACUGCAGAGUGAGAGAGGAGAUCUGGAACGAGAAGCUGCUGAGCAAAAGGAGGCAGCAAGGAAUGCACCGCAGGAACCCGAGACACAUCAUGGUCAGGAUGCAGCAUUCGGUGCUGCUGGGGUGGGCGCUGCAGGCGCUGCAGCAUUCGGUGCUUACGAGACUGUCAAGGAUCGUCUACCUGGUGGCGAGAACGUCAAGAGUCCUUCUGCUUCCAGCACGUUGAGCUCGACGAACCCGUUCUUCCGCAAGGCAAGUGAAGGACUGGUGAGCCCACCUGCUGUGGCCUCCCCAAGUGGAGGCGGACCAACGCCCAGUGCUUUCGACGCGCUCUUCGGGCCAUCCGCAGCUUUCUCGCCUAGCGGUCAAGCAGCAAGCAGGACUGGGACACCACCUGCCACCAGCUUCGUUGGUCGCAGUAUACCCGCUUCGAACUUGGUCAGCGAGCCCGCAGCCGCGAACAUGACUGGCAGUGUGCAGUCAGUCUCAUCUCGUGGCGAGCCUACACCUUCUGCAACUCCACCAUUGAGUGAGCAGGCGAAGGACAGCCCGAUCGCUGGCUUGGACAGCAUCCCCCCUCCACCGCCAGAGAACAGGCAAUUCACUCCUUCACAAUUGCCCGUCGUAGGUCUGCCUGAUCGGCCAAAGGCUGCAAGCGAAGCAAGUUCGACCCGCGUCAUGCCACCAGCUAGCCGAGCGGGUGGUUUCGAGACACCCAGAGAGCUCGAGCCGGCGGAGCCGCAAUUCAAUGCGACCGAGAGUGCAAUGCAGCAGGCCGAACAUUUACCAGGGGCAUUCCCAGAUGAAAGUGAAGUUGCUGAAGAAGCUCAUAACGCGCCAAGAGAACAAGUCAUGCCAGCAACUGCGCAGCAGGGUCCUAGCCAGCACGACUUUGACGACGCCUUUGCGGGAUUUGGUGGAGGUGAGAAGAGCCGUGAAGGACCCGGUCAGCAUCAUGAUCCUUUUGCGCCGAGUGAACAUGCCGUAGGUGGAACCUCCGUGGCAGGCCCUCCAGCCGGGCGCCCAAGCGAAUUCCCACCCAUCCAGAAUUUCGAGCCCGAGGAUGAAGAGAGCAGUGAUGAUGAAGACGGCCCACAAGCUGCGCACAGAGGUUUCAACGAGAGCUUCUCUGGUGCUGCACUAUCGUCGCCACCUCCCGGACAUGGAGCCGCCGAGCUAUCACCGACAGUGACUCGUGAGCCUGGUGUGCUGGAUCCUCCCGCCACUACUGUGACUGAUGUUUCUGAGCCAAGGCCUGUGAUCCAGUCUUUAAAGUCUGCUGCUAGUGUCCUACCAACACCAGGAGCACAGGCUUCUCCGCCGACCUAUGAGCAGAGUGAUGAGCCUGCUCAUGGCGGUCCAGGUGAGAGAGCUGGGUCUGGCUCGUUUCCUCGAGAAUUCGGUGGACUUCUGCCUUCCAGAGAGGACCCAACUAGUCCACCUCCGGCCUCCGACCAGAUCAUGCCUGCCGUCGCACACGAAAAGGAGAACUCACGACCUGCUUAUGCAGACUACGCAGCGCCAGAGCGGUCUGCUACAGGUUCCAGCAGUCUUUACCCUAGCACCAUCCCACAGACACCAUCGAGCACCGAUGUCUUUGUCGAUGCGAGUAGUCGUCCCAUGAGCAGUGUCACUGAUGCCGGACUCGCCACAACUCAUCAGGCACCACGAAAUGCAUUCGAUGAUUUCGAUGACUUCGAUGAUCUCGCCGAGGCUAAAGAAGACAAACCCGGCUCUGACUUUGACUUCGGUGGCUUCGGUGGCAACACAAGAGGUAGUGUGGAUGAGUUCAACCCUGCUUUCGACUCGCCGGCCGCAAGCAUGACGAACACUAUGACUUCAUCCCAGCAGACACCACGAGCUGAUGGGUACUCUGGCUUCCAGAGCACUAGUGGCAGUGGUGCUGGGCCGUUCGAUGGUGUGGCGCACAGCUCUACAAAUGGUCUUGGUCAGACAAGCAGUAUCCAGAACACUCCGCAGAACGUGCAGCAUGACUGGGACGCUAUCUUCUCUGGACUGGACGACAACAAGAACAUCGACACGUCGUUACCUGGUGCUUCGACCAGCGUGGCUCCAGCAGAAGACCCAUGGAGUACAGGUCCUUCUACUAACGGUACAGGUGCGGCUUCUGUCGUAACGUCUACGCCAGCACCCACCUCGCUACCCACCCUAAGUGCGAAACCUAAGGACAAAGCUGCAGAAAUUGGUCGUGCGCUUACGCCCGGUACCGAGCAUGACGAUCCUUUCCUGAAGCAACUGACUGGCAUGGGAUACCCGCGGACGCAAGCGCUGAAUGCGCUGGAGAUGUAUGACUACGAUAUCAACAAGGCGGUCGAACAUCUGUCAGCGAGCUAG